AUGGCAGCGCUGAGACAGGAGCAUCGGUAUGGGCUCUCCUGUGGCAAAAUUAACAAAAACACCCCGAAACAAACUCUUUAUCACGUCAAACUCACUGACACUGCGAUUCGGGCUCUCGAAGCCUACCAGAACCUGAAGGCAACGCUAUCAAAUCAGCCAGCUAUAUGCUUCAAGGGGAGCCAGGGGUACAUAAAGAUCCCUGUGCCGACCCCUGAGUCUCCAGAUGGAUUCAGAGUCUUCUCAUUUUACCUAUCCAGCGACAGCAAAGACAAACCCCAGUCCAGCUUCGACUGCAUUCACCAGUAUGUCUCAGGGGAGGGCAGGGAUCACCUGGAGGGCCAGGGCAGCAUUCAGGACAAGAUUACAGUUUGUGCCACGGACGACUCCUACCAGACGACACGGGAGCGCAUGUCUCAGGUGGAGAAGGACAUCUGGAGCCGCACAGCAAUUGAGAUUAAGCCAGGACCAAGCAAGUGUGUGAAGGUCCAGAGGAAGCAGGGUCUGGUAACAGGCUCAGAGAGCAGCAACAAGCACUCCCCAAGCAACAAGCGAAGCCUGCUCCCUAGCCCUGUGGCUCAUCGGCCCUUGAGGGAUCGCAUUAUUCAUCUUCUGGCCUUAAAGCCCUACAGGAAACCUGAGGUGCUACUGUGGCUGGAGAGGGAACGGGCCGGUCCAAAGGACAAGGCUGAUCUGACCUCAGUACUGGAUGAGGUUGGUAAACUGAAUCCUAAAGACAACAGCUAUUCUUUAAAGGACGAGCUCUACAGACACAUCCAGAAAGACUGGCCUGGAUAUCUGGAGGAGGAAAAGCAACUCAUCCACAGACUCCUGAUCAGGAAACUUCAGCCACUCCACAGUAGCCAUCUGAAGAGUCCCCAAUCCAACCAUUCAUUCCACAAAACUCCCGGGGACUCCCCGUCACAACUCAGUCCUGCCAAGAAUCUCUCAGUGAAACGCUCACUGGCCUUGGAUCCAUCCAACAUUCAAACCCCCAAAAAACAAAAGCUCUCAGACCAGUGUUUGCCCCUGCAGUCCCCCUCUCACACAGACUCUGGCACCAAUGGGUCUCAUAGCUCCUCUACUCAUUCUAGUAAAAGUGAAUUCAAUAAAACCAACAAUCAUCUUCAGGCGAGCCCUAAUGGUCUGUACUCGCCACACAAACUCACUGCAUCAUCUGCUAUUUCCAAACUGGAGAGAACGGAACCAGCUCCCACUGCACCCAGUCCCAAACCACCACAGAAUGACACCUCCACCUGCACAGACCAGCAGUUAACCAAUGGCCAACACAAGAAGAAAAGGUCCAAAAAACACAAAGAUAAGGAACGAGAACGCUUAAAACCAGACUGGAUAGAGGCCAGUCCAGACCUGAAGCAGAACCAAGAAAACCUCAAAGACCAUGAGGGAGAGAAAACACCUAACAAUCGAACAUCAGCAGAGGAGCUGCCUGACUAUUUAAUAAAAUACAGCACCAUAACAGCACUGGAGCAGCGUCAGCAGUAUAACGAUGACUUCUGUGCCGAGUACGAUGAAUACAGAGCUCUUCAUGACCGGAUUGGGGCUAUCACGGAGAUGUUUGUUCAGUUGGGCUCAAAGAUCAACACUCUUUCCCCGGGAACACAGGAGUACAAGCUCAUGGAGGACCAAAUACUACAGAAGUAUCGAAAGUAUAAAAAAGUAGGAAAGUUUCCUGGGUAUCGGGAAGAGAAGAAGCGAUGCGAGUACCUCCAUAAGAAACUGUCACAUAUAAAAGGCCUGAUUGCAGAUUACGACCGAGCACAGGGCCUUUCCUAGUACCUGGCCUCUGCCCUCAGCAGGGUGUAACACAACUGGACCAAAUGACUCCAAAUGGACCCAAAGACUGUACAGCUGGGUCCAGAAGUUGCUGAGACACUAUUCACUUUACUCCUCAGAGUGUUAAUGGAAUCGAGGAGCAAGGCUCUUUUUCAAAAGCAGGCUGAGACCACCUACUCGUGAUCAAAUGUUACCCUUUAAAAUGAUGGUUUUCAGCCCUGAUUAUGGCUGUAAAAGCUGGAUUCUGUCCUGCUGUAAAAUGGUGAGAUGACAGUUAAAGCUGACAGAUGCGAUCCUUCCUGCCUAACAGCUUAACUUUUAAUUAUAUCCUUUAUCAUGUCAGAACAGAAAAGUAUUAAUUUCAAAGUAUUGAUGUGAUGGUACAAUCAAUCUUAAGGGUAGAAAAAUGCUACUAAAGUCUUUAUGUUUAAAUAAAAAGGAUUUUCUUUGUUCACUUUUUGCUGAUAGUGCAUUAAAUCCCAUCAGUUAUUAGUUUCUUACAAUAAGAUCAUAUUGACUUUAAUGAGAUCAUCAUCAUUUAGUGGUGCAAGUUUUCUCAAACUAGAUACAAACUGAUAAAAUCUGUUUUUUAAUGUUUUAGCUUGGUGAGACAAAUUUGUCAUCCAUUCACACCCAUUUCUGUAUAGCUUAGACCUGAACUGGUAAAGAAGCCUAAACGUGAAGUUACUUCAAAACAUGCUACAGGAUCUAUGAUUAGAGCCAGCGUCUUUUGGGCUUAUAUCAUAAGGAAUUUUAUGUAGCUGUCUGCCUAAGUCCUGUUUCAUUUCUAAGAAAUGUUGGAAUCAAAAUAACUCCUCACAGUUCUUUAAAGCUGGUUUCAAGAGCUUGUGCACAAUUUGUAGCCUACAGUACCGAGAACUGCCUUUUCAUUAUGUAAUGAAAACCAUUCAUCUCUCACGUCUUUUGGUUCCAGCUUGACUACGUGUAAUAAUCAUGCUGUUUACGCUCUCGAUGAAUGAUUAUGAACUUGGUAAAGCAGUUUUUUUUUUUUAAAUUUGCAUGUAGUUUUAAAAGCUUACAGGGUAUCAGUCUUGGUAAUCGACCAAGUGUGUUUUCUUCCAAUGAUUUUACUGUGGUUGAGUUCUAAAUGUUUAAUGUUAAGUUUGGUUGAAAACAGAAUUCACUUCAGUGAGGGUUACAUUUGAUGUCGAAUGUACAAAAGACGCCUUUAACAAAUUGGAGUGUGUCAUUUAAAGCCCCACAGGGUAAGUGUGGGGGAUGAUGGCGCUCACUUUGUGAGUGUGAGGAGCAGGGUGAUGUGCUAGAGGGGCUUUUAGCAAACACACUACAUGUGAUCAACCACAACAUUUAACAUUUGCAUCAGUGUAGCAGUAACUUGUCUUAACGGUGACCUAAAGUGAGAGAAUGACACUAUAUUUGCCUUGAUGUGUACUGUAUGCCAGACAUUUCCAUGAUUCUGGUCCCCCUGUUCCUAAAUGUUCCUGGUUUAACCUGCACAGUUAAAAGUGCUCUCAGAACAUUUCUGUAAAUGUCUUUUAGUUGAAAGGAAAGUUCAGUUACUGUGUAGUUGCGCAACAUUUCUUCGUUGCUUUUGUUUUUGCCAUGUAUGUCUUAAUAUUUUACUGUUUUAGCUUCCUUUGUUGUCAUAUUGCCUUUCAGAUAAUCAUGAACUGUACAGGAAUUUAUUUCACUGUUCUACCAAGCGACACUAUCAAAAGGCUUGCAGGAAUUAAUACGAACCCAGGUGCUUUGCCUCUCAUAUCUCAGUUCAAAUGGUGGUUUAUUGUCACAUAUUAAGCAGCCCUUUUGCAAUCAAAUGAACUUUAAUGCUCAGUACUUGUGGUAUGUUUGAAGGAAUUGAGACCUUGCAGAGUUGCUCUGUCUUAGCACACAUGAACAUGUCCAAGAAAGGAAUAUUUAUCAGCACUGAUGACUGAAGAAAUGCUAACUGUGAGCCCAGGAAGUGUUCGGAGCUUUAAACAUUACCAAAGCUAGAACAGAGAGUUUCUUAAAGCUCUGGUACGCCAUCAUUUUGUUUAUUGGAUAUCGUCUCAGGAUCAGAUUUAUUGUUGUAUAUGCAUUUUAACAAAGAUGUGCAGCAUGCAUACACCCAACUUAGAGUGCCUAGAAAUGCCUGUGUUUUGCUUCGGUACUUAAAUGGUGCUUUGUUCAGUUGGAUUAAAAGACAACAGCACAAGAUUACCCAAAAUAAUUUAUUAGUAUUCUUGCAUAUUUUGUGUACAAUCAAAGGUACACUACUGAUUACCAUCAAUAAUAUCAGAGUGAGACAACAUUUAAAUGACAUCUUUUAUAUUAAUUUAAAGAACAGUUAUUUUUUAAAAGGAUUCCCAUGUAAUACAAAUCAGGCAUCAGGGGUGACACUUCCUGGGAAAAAAAUUCAGACUUAUCACAGUAUGAUGAGAAUAAAUGUAGCAUUUAGGUAAAUGCAUAAAAAAAUCACACCCCUUAAUGAAAGCAUCUUUUUCUUAGUCUUUUUUCUAAAAAGUAGAUGGAGCAAACUACUGAAGGUGCCUUUUCAUUCAGAAAGCAGCGAUUCAUGUAAUGAUUAUUGGUUUCUGGUAAAAGAAAAAGAAUAAAAUAAAAUUGGGCCAGCUCUAUUUGCAAACUAGUUUUACACUGUUGACACUUUUUAAAAGUGCUUUGUUUAUCUUUUGUUUUUUUUGGGGGGAGGGGUAUAAAAUUAAUCUCAGAUGCCUUGUAAAAUGCACAAACUGUAUUGGCACUGGCAUAUUUAAUUAGAAUA